UUAAAUCACAUGCAACACCAGAACAUAUCAUGUGGCCGUAUAUUUGCUAUUGACAAUACUUUGCGCUUUCCAUCUUUGUCUUCUUAAAUUCAGUUGUGUAUGUUUCUUUUGAAAAUCAAUUUAGGGACAGUCCCUUGACUCACUGCAACAUUAAAUCUUUGUGUCUAACAUGAGCUUUGAAGUGAAUUAUCCUGAAAGGGACAGACAGUGAAAAGGGAUCAAAAGAAGCCAUGGUUUCUGUCGCAUCAAUCCAGCAACUUUUCACCCCAGCGUUCACUGUGGACAUCCAGAAGGUUAAAAGUAAUGCCAGGAAAAUGACUGAGCGAUGUCAGACUCUGGGAGUUCAGCUCAGGCCACAUAUGAAAACUCACAAGACUCUGGAGUGUGCAGAUAUAAUGACUGGAGGCUCUCGACGCUGCAUUGCAGUUUCUACGUUGGCUGAAGCCCGUUUCUAUGCUGACAAUGGCUUUGAUGAUAUCCUAUAUGCCUACCCACUUCCUAUUGACAAGGUGGAAACCUGUGCAGAGCUAGCAGAAAGACUGGAGAUGUUCCAUGUGCUGGUUGACAACCAGGUGGCAGUGCUGGAGCUCGAGAGGAGACACCUGCGAGACGAGAAGUCGUGGCUGGUGUGGUUAAAGUUGGAUUGCAACAAUGGAAGAGCCGGAGUGCACCCUGAGGACUCAAAGGCAUUGUUACUGGCGAAGUCUAUAGCAGACAGCGAGGGGAUGGAGCUGGCUGGUGUGUACGCACACUGUGGGAAUUCUUAUGAAGCCACUGGAGUUGAAGAGAUCCAGGCUGUGGCACAGGAAACCACAAGCGCCACUCUGAAGUUUGUGGAAAAGUUGGAGAAGGCAGGUGUGAGGUGUCCUCGCAGUAGCAUUGGAUCAACACCUUCCUGCAGUCACCUCGUAACAGACAUGGGACGUCUCAGUGAACUCCACCCUGGAAACUACAUCUUCUAUGAUGUCCAGCAGCUAAUGAUUGGCUCCUGCCAGAUGGAUGAUAUCGCUGUGCGUGUGUUGACAAGAGUCAUAGGUCAUUAUCCUCAUCGCAACCAACUACUAGUCAACUGUGGCUGGACAGGAUUGAGCCUGCAUAGUCUAGGAAAACUGCCUACUGGUUAUGCAAUCAUUGAGGGGCAUCCUGAGCUGAAGCUGGUGGGAAUGACACAAGAACAUGGGAGGAUCGAAUCAAUCUCAGGAAAGCUGGAUUUUGAUAAGUUCCCACUUGGGAGUCUCAUCUCACUCAUCCCUUAUCAUGCCUGUGCAACUGCAGCAAUGCAUCCCGUCUACUACGUGCAUUCGGAAGGGAAAAUUAUAGCUGAAUGGAGACCAACACGAGGCUGGUAGAGAUGUUGAAGAACAUUUUACCGGUUGCUUGGCAAACAGGAGAGAAAGCAUACAAAUUUAGGCUUAGAAGUUCAUCAUUUUUUUUUUAGGUCAAACAGUUACAAUGUCCCUAUUGCUGUUUUCAAAAACUCUCCAAGGUAUUAUUUCCAAGGUGGUGCAGAGGUUCUAUUUUGUGUUCUCUGUGUUCAAUGGAAAGCUCUACUGACAAAGUGAGGAAACUUCAGUUUUGAUAAACACCAUUAUUAGACUGAUACCUGGAAGGACCAUUUGGCUGCACUGCAAAGAAAUAAAAAGUAUAGAUAUUUAUAGAGCUCUUCAUGCCUUUCCAGACACCUGGAGGUGAGUUUGCAGAGUUUUGUAGCUCACUGUCUAUAGAAGUGCCUGACCCUUAAAUAACAUUGAAACUUAACCAUCAGUAUUAUUAAAAUGCCAUGCCUUUAUGAGAGAACAUCGCUGGUUGUGAUUCUCACAAAUGUAGUUGAAAAUCUCACCUGAAUCGAAUUUUGGAUGUCGCACUAUUGCAGUUGAGUACCUCUUAUCUGAAAUAACAAAAUCUGAAAAACUCCGAAAUCCAAACUUUUUUUGAGCGCUGAUGUGAUGUCAGAAAUGGAAAAUUCUACAAGGUGCUGGAAGGUUCCCAGGUGACAUUCAGGUCAUUGAGCACCACAGACAGUUCUGAGAAGUGACCUCACAUAUAUGACGAACAGAGUUUAAUGAAAAAUAGAAAAAAAACAUUGCUUAAAAUGGCAAAUGAAGAUCUAAAUCAUAUAUUGUAAGAGUGGAUUCAUCAGUGUCGGAGUGGACGUAUGCCACUUAAUGAUAUACUGAUCAUAAAACAAGCAAAAAUCUAUCAUGACAACCUAAAAAUUGAAGGUACUUGUAAAUAUUUAGCAAGGUGGUUGCAGAAAUUCUAAGAAGAGGCAUGGCAUUAAAUUUUUAAAGAUUUGUGGUGAUGACGUGUCUGCUGAUCACGAAGCUGCCGAGAAAUUCAUUAAUUAGUUUGCCAUGAUUGUUGCCGAUGAAAAUCUAACAUGUUGAUCGGCUGCAUUAGUACAUAUGUAUGAUGAACAAGUGAAAGACAAAUACUGCUUAACAGUUGCACAUAAAUUCAGAGUCAGAAAUGAUAGCAAUCCUGAGCUUUCUCAUCAUAUAUUCCAAAAUCUUAAAAAAUCUGGAAUCUGAAAUACUUCCGGCCCCAAGCAUUUUGGAUAAGGGGUACUCAACCUGUGUUAAUAUCAUUUGUGUGACUUUAUUGAGAGAGGAACAAUGCUAGGAGCUCAUGUUUAAUAUCCUUAUUAACGAUUAGCGUGGAAUCAAAUGAAAAGAUGUAAAUUUGGUCAAUGGUACAUUGAUACAUGUUAUGUCUGUUUCUUGGGCCAAGUGUAGGGACAUUUUAGGUCUGAAGUCUUACAGAUACACAUCAGUUAAAUCUUGACUGCUAAAAAAGAUGAUAAGCUCUGGACUCCUAAGAUGAAAUACUGAAAUAAAGCUUACCGUGUCAACAGCCUACGACCUCUGGGUAAAUUUCCUUUUCAUUUCAUGGAAUUUUACUUUGUUGAAGAUUGUGUUUUGCUCUGUUUACACUUUUCUUAUUCUUUUUCCAUUCACCCUCAUGUUAACCAUACCUCCAGAGAUCCCUUUUUCAAUAUACUUUAAGGUUUAAAAAUGAUUUGUAACUAGUAACUAGCAAAACAAAUGAGGGAGAACUAGUGUCCAUGUGUAUUUGGACUUUUGGAAGUCUCUGAUAAGGCACCAUGCAAGAGGUUAUUGAAUGUACUCUCUAGAAUUUGCAAGAAAUGAGAAGUGACCUCAAUAAAAUGUAUAAAAUUCUUAUGGGUCUUAACAGAGUGAAUGCAGAGAUGAUGUUCCUCAUGGUUAGGUCAUCUAGAACUAGGGAUAACUGUGUCAAUGUAAUGGGUCGGAAAAGCUCCUCAUCAAGAAAGGAGUAUAUAAUUGUAUUCUCUUCGUAAAUGGCUGUGGAGGCAAAGUCAGGAUGUUGAUAGAUUUUUGGAUAUUAAGGAAACAUAGAAACUUAGAAAAUAGGUGCAGGAGUAGGCCAUUCGUCCUGCCAUCCCAGGAAUCAAUCUGGUGAACCUUCUUUGUACUCCCUCUAUGGCAAGGAUGUCUUUCCUCAGAUUAGGGGACCAAAACUGCACAUAAUACUCCAGGUGUGGUCUCACCAAGGCCUUGUACAACUGCAGUAGUACCUCCCUGCUCCUGUACUCAAAUCCUCUCGCUAUAAAUGCCAGCAUACCAUUCGCCUUUUUCACUGCCUGCUGUACCUGCAUGCCCACUUUCAAUAACUGGUGUAUAAUGACACCCAGGUCUCGUUGCACCUCCUCUUUUCCUAAUUGGCCACCAUUCAGAUAAUAAUCUGUUUUCCUAUUUUUGCCACCAAAGUGGAUAACUUCACAUUUAUCCACAUUAAAUUGCAUUUGCCAUGAACUUGCCCACUCACCCAACCUAUCCAAGUCACCCUGCAUCCUCUUAGCAUCCUCCUCACAGCUAACACUGCCACCCAGCUUCGUGUCAUCCGCAAACUUGGAGAUGCUGCAUUCAAUUCCCUCAUCCAAGUCAUUAAUAUAUAUUGUAAACAACUGGGAUCCCAGCACUGAGCCUUGCGGUACCCCACUAGUCACCGCCUGCCAUUCUGAAAAGGUCCCGUUUAUUCCCACUCUUUGCUUCCUGUCUGCUAACCAAUUCUCCACCUACACCGAUACCUUACCCCCAAUACCGUGUGCUUUAAGUUUGCACA